AUGAGGCAAAACAAGAUAACGAUUUUGGGUCUGGCCCUGCUGCUUUGCUUUGCGCUUGCACACUCACAUGGUUUUGGUGGAAAGCUUGGAGGAGGCUACGCCCCUGUCUACAACAACUUUGUCCCAUAUCCAGUUGCCCAACCGAUCCCAGUGGCCCAACCUGUUCCAGUUCCCGUGGCUAUUCCUCAACCAAUUCCAGUCCCAGUCCCGCAACCAGUAGUUAUUCCCAUCAAACACGGAUGGAAGGGCGGUCUAGGUCUAGGUGGAUUUGGCGGAGGUUAUGGCGGCGGUUUCGGAGGCUACCAGAACUUUGCCUCUGCCUCCUCUUUUAGCUCUGCCAGUUCAUUUGGCGGCGGCUAUGGCGGAUUGGGUGGUGGCAUCUUUAGGAGGCGCUGA